UGAUAAUCUAUGUAAAGUCCACUACACAUAGCAGACUUGUACAGAAUGAAACAUACCUGAUAAGUGUGAUUAUGUGUGUUUAGAACUAUUAGAUGUGCAGUGAUGUGUGUUAUACUUAAACCCGAUUGUACAGUUCUUUUUCGUACAUUUUACAUUUUAGGUCGUGUAAGGAUAUAAUAGGAACACAAUAUUCAACAAAUGCGAUGUAAUAGGAACACAAUAUUCAAUAUAGGCUUAUUUCAUGUACAUAAGGAGUUGUAUAAAGCGGUCAUUGUAAUUCAAAAAGUGUUUCCCAUUGAAUGUGUGGCUAUGCCGAUUGAUCUACUUGUACGGCAUAUAUAGUUCAGCCCACAAAGCGUUGAAUUACUUUCCGGCAAAAAUGUCAUCCGACGGUCGCUAUGGUAACAGUGACGAAGACGACGAGGCAAGCAGGCUCUUAAAUACCAUCCCACCCGGAAUGCGAAAACGGAGCAUCAAUGGAACCGUAAGCGGUUUUCUUGAGCCAUCAGAAGAGACCAAAUCCAGAUGGCGCUCCAUACGAGUGAUGUACCUGACGAUGUUCCUCAGCAGUGUGUCGUUUUCUAUAUGCGUGUCUUCACUUUACCCCUUUUUGAAAAUCCUCGACUCGACCUCCACAACCGAUUUUCUGGGCUGGGUUGUUGCCGCGUAUAGUGUGGGUCAACUGGUGGCGUCCCCGUUCUUCGGUUUUUGGUCCAACUUCCGGUCUCGGACACGCGAGCCAAUCGUCGUCUCCCUGGUGAUUAACAUCCUGGCUAACGUGCUCUACAUGUACCUGGAGAGCAUACGACUAGAGCCACAAAUAUUCCUGGUGAUUGCUCGCGUGUUCGUGGGAUUCGGUGCAGGUAACGUAGCGGUGGUGCGUUCCUACGUGUCAGGGGCCACUACUCUGGAGGAGAGGACAUCCGCCAUGGCCAACAUGUCCGCAUUCCAGGCCAUCGGCUUCAUCAUAGGACCAUUGAUCCAGACAGCGCUGGUACCCAUCGGUUUCCCUGGCCCCGUUCACAGCCCCGCCUUGCACUUUGACCUGUACACGGCCACAGGAUUUUUCAGUGCCGUCGUGGGCGUGGUCAACAUCGUGCUGCUCGUGUUGGUUUUCAAGGAACACAAGGUCAAAAACGAUGAGUACAUCUAUCGCAACAUACAGGAGUCAACCGACACAGAGGACACUAUGCAGGAUCUUAUGCCGCCAGAUUACGUAGCCGUAGUUUCAUCAAUUGUCAUCUUCUUCGUUGUACUCUUCGUCUUCGCCGUCUUUGAGACGAUCGCCACGCCGCUAGCGAUGCACAUGUUUUCCUGGACCAAAGCCGGGGCCACGCUCUACAUCGGGUUAGCGCUUGGAGGAGCGGGAUUUGUAUCAAUCGGCGUUGUCUUUGUCAUCAAGGCGCUCUCUAAGCGUUUUAGCGAACGCCAUCUUCUGGUGGGAGGGUUCGUUCUGUGUUUGGUGGGAUUCGUCUUCUAUCUGCCCUGGGGUCACACUUACCCUGAUAUCCAAUUUGCCGAAACGGACUUUGCCCCAGCCAACAUUAAGCCUGUGGAGCAUUUCUGGUUUUCUGCGCGCGGCGAACCUGGCAGUGUUGCGCACCGGCCGGUGGAAAACAACCUGCCUCACACCUCGACGUUCUUCCGGCCGGCGAACAACUUCUCGAGCCAGGAGGCGACGGGGUGUCCCUACUACUACGACUGGUGCUUUAACACGCCCAAGGUCUUCCUCUGGCAGUUCAUCCUCGGCACAUUCUUCGUUGCCCUCGGAUACCCCACAUGCAAUAUAAUUUCUUAUACGAUCUACUCGAAAAUACUCGGACCUCAACCUCAGGGCACGUGGAUGGGUUGGUUGACCGCUGCCGGAAGUCUGGCCCGGACAUUAGGCCCUGUGUUCGUUAGUCAGGUGUACGACGCACACGGCCCACGCGUGACGUUCGUCGCUAUUCUCGGCAUCAUUGUAGUGACUUUGGGCGGUCUGCUCGCCGUUUAUAGGAGACUCGUGCCGUACCAGAGGGCACCCACAAUCGUGCGCGUGUAGGUAGCCACGUGACAGAUAUGCGCGUCUAUGUAGGACAUUAGAGAGAUAAAUAUGGACCCGUUUGUGCUGAUGGAGCUGGAGCUUAACUCACACAUUAGUGUGUGUGUUCAAGUAUUCACCAUGCAUGCGGCAUAUUGUGUUCGUGACCUGGCUAGGCUACAUUGAAGCUCAGUUCAAGAGGACAGUUCUUUGUUUUUGAGCUUUGGUUAGUUUAAAAUCUGACAAGCUCUUUGAAGGGCACAACAAAAAUUAUGUUUUGUUACGGAACCAUUUGAUACCAUGACUUAGGGGUUGUGCAAUUAUUUUCUACGUGCACUUAUUUAUAGUUCAGAACAUGUAUAAUUUAAAAUUGUUUCUGUCGACGCGUUUCUUGUUUUAUUGUCAACUCUUUUUCCACAAUUAAAGCCACCCUCUGGGAGUGGUAUGGAUGCAUUAAUAAUCAAUUUAUUAUAACAUAUCGGUUUACAUGAAUUUACAUAGGCACAAUAGAAAAAUAUCAGCCGUAUCAUCAAUACUUAUUAAUUGUACAUAAAUAAGUUUAUAAUUUAAAAAAUAUAUAAUUAAAAAAAUAAUACUAUUGAUAUUAUAUUGUUUGACGCAAUUGAAUAUACUGUCCUUGUGUCAUAAAUUGCGUAUUUUUCUUAAAAGGGCUAACUGGAGGUUUGCCACAAAAGUUAAGUUAUAUUCUAAAGAAUGGAUUAAUUGGUGACCUCGCUCCUUAUAAACACGUGGUUCAAUUUUAAAAUAGUAACAGCGCGUACCUGAUGCCAAUUUAAGGGCGCGGAUACGUACAUGCAGAUACUUCAAUUCAUGGGUGUAUUGUUUAGCCAUUGAUGCAUUAUUUUAAGAGUUCUCUUUGUAUAUUCGCAAUUAAAUAGAAGGUUUCGGAAAGAAUCCUACUUGUUUAUCAAAAAAGGAAAGACACUAUAAUUGUUUCUAAACAACUCUGUAAAUAUAUGCAUGCUAAUAAAACCUUAAGUCAAGAAAUA